CUUUCUUCUCGAAAGCUCUAGUUGUACAUACAAAAGGGCUGCUGUUCACUUCUGCCCCGUCCUCCAAGCGAUGCUUGUUAGUUCAAUUCGCCCCCGCUGUUACGUUGGCAGCAUAGCUUGCCCGCGAGCUCCUCUUCCACUUUUGCCUUGUUGGUGAAAGCGUCACCAUGCCCGCUAUUCAGCACUUGCUACCAUACGCUCAUACGCUGCUUUUCGCCAGAUCCUCUGUGAACGGCACUGUCAAUGAUGGCGACUUAGCUAAGGUCGUCGGCUGGGUCGCUUCGAGCAAGGAUCGAGGCACAGUCGACAUCUUGUGGUCGAGCUGUUUAACCAUCUUCCUUUGCGUGUGGAUAGCUACCUACCCCAACGCCCCCUCCCCUAACGACAAAUGGUAUCACCACUUCGUCGACAAACUUAAUCUCGCCCUCAUCGGCUUCCUGGGACCGGACUUCCUGUUUGGCCUUGCUAUCGGGCAGCUGGCCAGUGCAAAAAAAAGUGUCAAGAUGUUCCGAGAGGCCCCAGAGCUUUCCCAUGGCACGACUUGGACUUUGACGCAUGGUUUCUUUGCCGACAUGGGCGGCUUCCACCUUCGAGCUUCCGAUUUCCCCCAGGGAUUUCCCAUAAAUGCCGAGCAGCUAUUUUAUCUUAUCAAGCAUGGCCAUCUCGACUUUCCUAUCUUGACAAAGGAGGAAAUAGGCAGUCGGAGCAAGGUUGAUAAUUUGUCCAAGAUCAUUACCGUCUGGCAAGCGUUUUGGUUCGUUGUCACCGAGAUCCAGAGGAUUACCAGGGGCUACCCCAUAACAACUUUGGAGCUUACCGCCAUGUCUUUUGCCGUGGUCAUGAUCGCCACAUCCGCCAGCUGGUACUUCAAGCCCUCCAUCAGCCAAGUUACCAUCCUCGACACUAAGGACAACAGGACGAUUCGCGCAAUCCGGAAUUUCGCCCGGCUGGAGACACACCCAGGCUUGCCGCAUAAAUACUACCGCACCCCGCUCGACUUCAUUUCCAGGCGUGGAUUCCAUCUGGAAAGGCACUGGCGAUACUACUCGGAGUUGACCUACUGGGUUCACUUUCCCCUCUUCAACCGACAAAUGAAUGUCACUCCUUGGGAUCGGUUCCCGUCCGAUAUAUUUCUCCCCGUCGACGACUUGAUCCUCAUCCUUUUUGGUUUCUUCAUCCAGGCUCCAUUUAGCGUUUGCCUUCUCGUCGCUUGGAACUUCCAUUUCCCAACAACCGCAGAGCGCGACCUGUGGCGGGUUUGCUCCGUUUAUCACUCGGUCUUUUCCUUCCUGGGCAUGGUGUACUUUUCAAUUCAUCUAUUUACCCUCUGGAAGAUGGCAGGCAAAGGCAAGGACAAAAGAGCUAGUACUGGCAGCGGUUCAAACAGCAACAACGUGCUUCGCCUUCCCACUACCGACGAGGAGAUCAGUUUGACUCGGAGGGGAGCUGAGGAUUCGGAUAUGUCCGAAGCCGCCGACGCGGCGAGGCCCGUGGUGCAUAGAAAGACAGGACUGCCAAAGUCCAUGUCUCGGUUCGAGGCCUGGCUGGUUCAGUGGCGGAACAUUUCACCCGACCAAGACCCCGACAUGGAGGUGCCGUUGCGGUGGAUAGCCCCCAUCUUCUUGGCCUCCGCCACAUACAUUUUCUGCCGCCUAUACAUUUACAUUGAGGAUUUUGUUGGCCUUCGGUCUCAACCGCAGGGAGUUUACAUGACCGUCAACAAGUUUGUCCCGUUUCUUUAGCCUGCGGGGACACGGUACGGGGCGUUAUUGGAACAGAAUGUUGUGCUGAUCGCCGGGGAAUCGAACAGGACCGGGAGAUAAGUAGCUGCAAUUUAAUAUGAUUGGAUUCGA